AGCAAACAGGAGGGGAAAACCAAAAGGCGGACUGAUGCCGCUGGGAUCCCAUCCCAGUAGUUCUCUCCACGGGCACCCUGCUGAGUAACUGAGUUUGCUCCCCCGUCGCUUGCCUCUCCUCUAUCCACCGCCGAUCCUCCCAAAGCCCCCCAAACCCACGUACCGCCACCUCAUCCCCACCGCUAAAUCUCCGUCGCCGGGAUAAGCCACCGCCGACCGCCUUCUAGCGAGGCUCGCCGUUCGCAUCGCGUGAGUCGAGCCUUCUUUUUUCCUGUGAAAAAUCUGAAGCCUUUGGAACGGCACGGCUGCAGAGAUUCCUUUGUCGCCUGAUUGGAUACACCAAAUGAAUGCUCUUGAGCCGGUUCUAGCACGUAUUAACAUGAGGAAAUGAUCAAUUUGUUGACCUAAGUACAGGGAUUUCUGGUGCAAAGCCAGUUAUGGGCCAAACUCAUACAGAUGUUCAAAGAAUCACGUCAGAAUUGAAGAGAACUAUUGAUUCUGAUAAAGUUCAUCUGGAGGGACAAAUUGCAGCUGGAGGUAAUUUUUCAAGCACAAAAUCAAAUACAACCUCAUUAAAAAUGCUAUUAGCAAAAGAGACGAGUAAAGAAGUGGAGUCAAAGAGCAACCCUCGAAGUGUUGUUGCCAGAUUAAUGGGCCUUGAGGAGGAUUUUCCUGCCAAAGAACCAGUUUUACACCAUGCUAAAAGAGAUUUUAGGAGAAGUAAAUCAUCUAACCGCUUAAAAGAGACAAAGAAGGCCUUACAGCAGCACGAUUCCAUACAGUCGGUGAUGAAAGUUAUCCACCCAUCAUGUGAAACAAUUGAAUGUAAUGGUGUAUAUGAAGGAUGUGAAGAGAAAGCAAGAAUGAGCCUUUUUCAGGAUCAAUCUUCACAGAGAGGAAGGUAUUCUGAGAACAGGAGUGGCACAAUGAAUAUUGUCCCAGAGAAGUUCAGGGAAGGAAAAUGCCUUGCCACUGAAGAGAAUCUCCUUCAUUCUGGGGGUUUACAAGAAUCUCUUGAGGUUGUAAGUUCAGAGAAAGAUUUAUUUCUGAGAUUUCGUGAUGAACGUAACUUCAUUUUGCAAAGACGGAUGAGCGGGCUUCACACAACUCCAGCAUCACCUCAGACAAAACGCAUUACAGUAUUGAAACCAAUGAGAUCUGUUGAGUGUAAUGGUGGAAGACAAUCCAGAACAGAACGAGCUAUUGGGCAAAAUGGACUGGAGAUGAGAAAGUUUGAUGAGAGGCCUAGUUCAAAGGAAGGGAUCCCUUCACAACCAAGUAGAAUAGUACUCUUGAGGCCUACCCCAGGGAAGCCUAGUAUGACAAAGGCAAAGCUAACCCCCAAGGCAAUCCCAUUUCGGCAAAUUGAAUGGAACGACUUCAACGGAGUAUUAGAUGAUAGUGGAGUAACCCUGGGUUCUCGGCACAGGCAAUAUGGCUUCCAUCAGCGAGACGAGUCUUUAUUGUCUUCCAGAUACUCAAAUGGAUAUGGUGGAGAUGAAAGCUCAUUCACUGAUUCAGAAAUUGAUUGCAAUGAAGAUUCUGGAGUCGAUUAUAUUGAAGAAGAUGAUGGUAGCUUCAGUGACUCGGAUGAAGAUAGUGCUGUAUUGAAGUAUUCGUGGGAUCACACCAGAAGAUAUGGUAGUCCCUGCCCGGGCUCAUCUUUUAGCAAGAUCUCACAUUUUCCUGAGUCAUUGGUUAUUAAAGAAGCUAAGCAACGGCUUUCAGAGCGAUGGGCAAUGGUAACUUGUGAUGAAAUCAGUGAAGAGCAAGUGCAAUUGCCAAGGAGAACUCGCACCUUAGGUGAGAUGCUCUCCCUUCAAGAAGUGAAGAAAGAAGAUUCCAUUACUGGGGUACAUUCUGUUUCUAGCAGUCGAUCGUGUGGUACAGAAAAUGAACUGACUACGACAGCUAUGUAUGUAGCCACUUGCAGAAAGUUGCCAAGAUCAAAGUCUGUUUUGGCUAUUUCAAAAACGUCUGACAACAUGGUGGAGAAAGUGCAAGUUCCAAAUACUGAGAGCUGCAAGCCAACAGCACAAGUAUCAAAUAAAGGAAAACCAUCUUCCAAGGGGAGAGUUUCAGAUUUCUUCUUUCCUAAAAGAAAGCCAAUAAGGCAUAAAUCCACCCAUCAUCCAUCUGACUGCUUCGAUGACAUAGUUGAAGCUUGUUUCAGCGAUAGUCAAUCAGAUGCCAAUCAUAAUGUAGAAAAUAAUGAAGAACAGGUACUUUGUGAAGAGAAAAUUGAUAUUUCUGCCAUAAAAAAAUCUAUCAGCACUUCAGAGGGAACUGCUUCAGUUGAUGUGCCUAUAUCAUUGGUUUGUCCAAGCAGAGAACUGGAUAUUCUCGGACUAAACGAAGGCCUAAAUAGCACUCGAGAUCAGCCCAGCCCUACCUCAGUUCUUGAUGCACCCUCUGAAGAUAGCAGUUGUAAUGAACCUGAAUCAUCUGGCAGCACUACUUCGAAGAAUGCCAAAGCUGUCUCAAGAUCCUCAGUAAUUGAGGCUGUUGCAUGUUCCUUGCCAUGGGAUGAUGCCAGCUCAGAAUCGCCCUCAGUUGGUAUCCCAAGGUUGCCUUGCCUCCCCUCCGAUAUAGAUGAUGAUGAAUCAGAAUGCCAUGUUCUUGUGCAAAACAUAAUGUCAUCUGCUGGAUUAGACGACACACACUCAAGCAUGGUUUUUACUGGUUGGCAUUUACCUGACUGCCCUGUUGACCCAGUUCUGUGUAACAAACUUCUGGCAUUGCGGGAGCAAAGGUCAUGUCAAAGACUUCUUUUUGACUGUGUCAAUGUUGCUCUAGUUGAGAUCGGCGAGAACGCCCUACUAAGUGCGUUCUCAUGGAGCAAAGCACACACUAGAACAUGGAGGUACAUCUCAUCUCCUGCUCUUGGGGUAGAAGUCUGGAGUAUUCUGAAAGACUGGAUUUAUGGGACACGGAUGUUCGUGGUGAGCAAGAGAGAUAGCACUGGGAUCAUGAUGGAUAGAAUUGUGAAGCAGGAGGUUGAAGGAAGUAGCUGGGUGAAAAUGAUGAUGUCUCAGGUGGUUGAUAUCACAGAACAGAUUGAGGAGGGAGUACUGGAGGAGCUGGUGGGAGAAGCUCUUCAGGAUUUCGUUACUUGCUUUCAACAAUGAGGUAUCCUUUGCAUUUGUGAUCAAUUUCCAGGAAGCAACUGGGUGGUGUAUGCUCUAUCUUUUGAAAGCUGUUUCUGAAAUUCUCCUACUUGUGUCAUGACUGUGUAGUUGAUUAGAAGCUUGUCCUGGUCAAAAGUUUUGUACUUGUAGCAUAUUAUUUGAUAAAAUCAAGGUAAUUGUGCAGUUUAUCAGAAUUGAGUCA